AUGGAAUUGGUAUCUGCUGUUCUGAAGGAAUACAGUGGCUCGGUGAAUAUUCCAUUGGAAAUUAACCUUCUACAGCAGCUUCUGCCCGAUUUAGCUAGGCAAGAACGGAUACUAAAAUUAAAAAUGAAGAGAUAUGAAUCAACAGACGAGUGCAUACAACUGAAAAAGGAACUAGGUGCUGUAAAAAAUAGCCGAUGCAAGUAUUCCAGAUUGACGCGAAAGGUCGCCUUAAUUAGAAAACAAUACAAGUACCAUCCAAAAAAGAAAAUUAUUCAGCUUCUACGUUUCAUGCGAAGAUUCACAAAGUUGAUGAAGAUGACAAACAUCUCAAGGAGACAUGUUCCGAUUCAUCAAAAUGGCCACUACACAACAACUUGGAAUUUUGGCCCCUCAACGUACACAUGCCAAUAUUGUGGAGCCCUUUUAUGGUAUGAAGAACGGACAAGAAAAACUGUGCAGCCAACAAAUCCUAUAUUCUCAUUUUGUUGCAUGGAAGGAGGCCGUGUACAACUGCCGUUAAUGAGUGAACCACCACCUUAUCUGAAGUAUCUUUUGGGAACAGAAUCCGGACAAUUAGGUAUCGACUUUCGUAGAAAUAUCAGGGUUUACAACUCAAUAUUUGCCUUUACAUCUAUGGGAGGCCGAAUUGAUGGAUCUAUCAAUCACUCAAAAGGGCCAUACGUUUUCAGGAUGAGUGGGCAGAAUUACCAUCGCAUAGGCUCUUUGUUGCCUGAAAUUGGUAAAAACCCCCAGUUUGCUCAGCUAUAUAUAUAUGAUACUGAAAAUGAGAUAAAUAAUAGAAUGAAUUGUCUCUUGCAAGAAGAAAUUGAUCCAAAAAUUGUUGAAGCCUUAUCUGAAAUGCUGGACAACCACAAUAUUUUGGUAAAAUCAUUUCGAAUGGCUAGGGAUAGAUAUAGAGAGCAUCCUGAAUCUGUGUUUCGGUUACGACUCAUAUCUAACAGGACAAGAGAUGGUCGACAAUACAAUAUGCCAACAACUUCAGAAGUUGCAGGAUUAAUCGUUGGUGAUGUUACUGAAGAAAACUUCCAGCGAGAUAUUAUUGUAGAACAUCGAAAGAAUGGGCUUCAAAGAAUUACAGAUUUACACCCAAGUUUCAUGUCUAUGACAUACCCAUUAAUACAUCUGUAUGGCGAAGAUGGAUACAGACCUGGAAUUCAAUUGGCAGAUAUGAACAACAAAAGUUACAAGCGUCAAAAUUUGUCAAUGAGAGAGUUUUAUUGCUUCAGGAUACAACAAAGACUUAACGAGGGCCAAACUCUCUUAGUAGCUGGUAGACUAUUGCAACAAUACAUUGUUGAUGCUUACAUGGCAAUAGAGGAAGAAAGGUUUCGUUAUAUUCGGAAUAAUAAAAAAAAACUCAGAGCUGAUCUUUACUCUGGCUUAAUGGAUGCCAUACUCCGAGGUGAUUCAGAUUGUUCAAUGAUAGGGAAAUCUGUUAUCCUGCCUUCAUCGCACACUGGGGGGCCUCGAUAUAGGGCACAAAAUUAUCAAGAUGCAAUGGCAAUUUGUAGGUGGGCUGGGUAUCCAGAUUUGUUCCUCACUUUCACUUGCAAUCCUAAGUGGCCAGAAAUAAAUGCAAUGCUCAGUUUACUAGGGCAGCAAGGCGAUGAUAACCGGGUGGACAUUAUAUGCAGAGUUUUCCAGAUAAAAUUGUUCCAACUAAUGCAAGAUCUGAAAAAGCAACAACCAUUUGGGAAAACAAUCGCAUGUUUAUACACGAUAGAGUUCCAGAAAAGAGGACUGCCUCAUGCACAUAUACUGCUCUUCCUCCAUCCUACAUUAAAAAGUCCCUCCAUCGAUCAUAUCAACACAAUAAUAGCAGCUGAAAUACCUGAUAUGGAAGUUGAUCCGGACGGCUAUAAUGCUGUCAAGAACUACAUGAUGCACGGACCUUGUGGAGAACUCAAUCCCCAAUGCCCAUGUAUGAAGCAAGGAAAGUGCACCAAGCAUUUUCCGAAGAAAUUCAACAAUCAAACAACUUUUGAUGCAGAUGGAUUCCCUGUUUAUAGGAGAAGGAACACAGGUACUCAAGUCAAGAAAAACAAUGCUCUCUUAGACAACAGAUAUGUCGUUCCAUACAACAGGAAUUUGAUUGUCAAAUAUGAUGCACAUAUAAAUGUUGAAUUAUGCAAUUACUCAAGGUCGGUGAAGUACCUAUUCAAAUAUGUCAAUAAAGGUUCUGAUAGAGCAACUGCGACUAUAGAAUGUACCGAUACCGGUGCAGAACAUGAUGAGAUCAAAAGAUAUCUAGACUGCAGAUACAUAUCAGCUACAGAAGCUUGCUGGAGGAUCUUUGCAUUCGACAUACAUCACCGAGAGCCAGCAGUUGAGCGUUUUCCAUUCCAUUUACAGGGAGAAAACACCAUAGUAUUCGAAGAAGAAAGGCGAGCUGAAAACGUACUUAGCAAGCCCGAUAUAGAGAAAACAAAAUUCACGGAAUGGUUCGAGGCAAACAAAAAAAAUGAAGAUGCGCGACAGCUGACAUAUUCAGAUUUUCCUACACGCUGGGUAUGGGAUGCAACAGCGAAAAAAUGGAAAAGAAGGCAAAAUGGGAGGGCAGUUGGUAGGAUUUACUUCGCACAUCCUGCAAGUGGAGAACGGUUUUACAUGAGAAUGCUGCUUAAUUUUGUCAAAGGAAGCACUUCCUUUGAAAGCAUCAGAACAAUAAAUGGAGUACCGCACAAAACAUCUAAGGAGGCAUGCUACGCAUUAGGAUUAUUAGAGGAUGAUAAAGAGUGGAAUGACUGCUUGGCUGAAGCUGCGUGCUGGGCAUCAGGAAACGAGCUGAGAAAUCUCUUUGUGACGAUACUAAUUCACUGCCAAGUAUCUGAUUCCUACAAACUCUGGAGGACCAACUAUGAAAUUUUAUCGGAAGAUAUAAUAUCAUUACAACGGAAGAGAUUUCAAUUGAAAGAAUUACAGCUAACUGAAAAACAAGUUGAAGCAUACACAUUAUUUGAGAUUGAAAGCAUCCUACGAAAGAUGGGAAAAAGUUUAAAAGACAUAGAUGGGUUGCCACUUCCAGAUUCUGCUUUAAUGAAUGAGACAGGGAAUCGUCUAAUCAAUGAGGAGCUAGAUUAUGACAAAGGAGCUUUAAAGAAAAUGCAUGAGAAAUCAUUUGCCCUAUUAAAUGAUUGCCAAAAGUCAGCGUAUGAAGCAAUUCUAACAUCAGUUGAAAAAGAAGAAGGUCGUUUAUUUUUUAUAAAUGGACAUGGUGGAACCGGAAAGACAUUUCUAUGGAAUACAAUAAUUUCCAAGCUGAGAUCACAAUCAAAAAUAGUUCUCCCAGUUGCUACUUCGGGAAUAGCAGCAUUAUUAUUACCAAAUGGCAGGACUGCUCAUUCACGGUUUCAUAUUCCUUUGGACAUCAGUGCUGAAUCAACUUGUGAAAUAAGACAAGGUAGCCAGUUAGCUGAGCUACUCUUAAAAAUUUCUUUAAUCAUUUGGGAUGAAGCGCCAAUGGCAAAUAAAUUUUGUUUUGAAGCCUUAGACAGGACUCUGAGAGAUAUUCUCCGAGUGAAAUACGAAAACAGCUCUGACAAACCGUUUGGAGGUCUUACAGUCGUAUUUGGUGGUGAUUUUCGUCAAAUACUACCUGUAAUUCCAAAGGGUAGACGAGCUGAUAUUGUUGAUGCAUCGCUAAAAUCCUCAUACUUGUGGCCAUUUUUAAGAAUAUACGAAUUGAAGCAUAAUAUGCGACUCCGCAGUGGAAGAGUAACUGAUUCUGAGGCAGCUGAAAUUGCAAAUUUCGACAAAUGGUUGUUACAAAUUGGAGAUGGAUCCUUUUAUGAUGAUACUGACAAUGAGCUUAUUAAAUUACCUCCCGAUAUAUGCAUCGCAUCAUCCAGCGAUCCAAUCGGCUCAAUUGUCGAGGCAGUUUACCCAUCACUCUUGCAGAAGUACAAUGACCCAACAUAUUUGAAAGAAAGAGCAAUACUAACGCCAAAAAACGAAAUGGUGCAUGAGUUGAAUGACACAAUUAUGCAAAUGAUACCAGGUGAAGGAAGAACAUAUUUUAGCUCGGACAAUGUGUGUAAAGCAAGUGUCAACACUAAUGAUGAAGAUUUGUUGUACCCAACUGAAUUUUUGAAUAGCUUAAGAUUUCCGGGAAUCCCUAAUCAUGACAUACACCUAAAAAUAGGCACUCCAGUUAUGCUUCUUAGAAAUCUAAACCAAAGUGAAGGCCUAUGCAACGGAACAAGAUUGAUUGUCACACAUCUUGGUAAUUGGUCUGUUAGCGCAAAUAUCAUUUCGGGAAAGAACAUUGGCUCAAGAGUAACAAUCCCAAGAAUCAUUAUGUCUCCAAAUGAUUCAAAGUGGCCAUUUAAGCUUAAGAGACGACAACUUCCAUUAGCUCCAUGUUUCGCCAUGACAAUUAAUAAAAGUCAAGGACAAUCCCUUAACCAUGUCGGAUUGUAUCUUCCGAAACAGGUAUUCACCCAUGGUCAGUUAUAUGUAGCUAUAUCCCGAGUAACAACAAGACAAGGAUUGACUAUACUGAAUGUUGAUGAUGACAUAGAAGACACUAUGUUUAUUAAAAAUAUUGUCUACAAAGAAGUAUUCCAAAAUAUAUGUCCACCAGCUCAACACACAGAAGGCACAAGUAAAAAUGCAAACAUGUGCGAAGAGAAUAAGAGCUCCCAGGAGGAAGAAGGAAGAAGAGAACUUCCCCCUUUUAGGUGCCCCGGGAAAAUGCAAGCAAAAAACAAGUUAUCACGUCCCUUUUAUGGUUUGGCUCACGUACCUACUGCUGAAUGUUUUGUCUGCUUAACUACUCAUCUCAAUGGAGAUGCACACAUUAAGGACACCAAAACAUAUGCAACUGCAGGAAAAAACGUAUCAAUAGAGGUGAUGUAUGCAAAACUUGAACAAAUGCGAAUUGAGUAUUUGAGAAAGGAACGACAGCGAUUGAAAUCCAUAUUAUAUAGAGGAGUACCAGAUCGAUCUGACAAAGAAUGA